AUGGAACACCAAUUGUCUCGUCCCCCCUUGUUAAAGAUGUAGAAGAAAGCUUACUUGUUGAUCCAGAUAAUGAAUUGGCUGCUGAGGAGCUUCAACAAACGCUAGAUAUGUUGUAUAUUCGUAACCCAAUGUCAAUUGAAGAUUUGUUGGAUUUUGAGGAAGAAAGAAUAGAUAUACAUCAACAAUUUAGUGCUACAGAAAUAGAACAAGUAGAAAAUGAAAUCAUGAUACAACCUUUAACCGGAAAGGAACAGUUGGAUAUUCUGCACAAUGCUCUGAGAAUUGUUGAUGAGAGAAUUGAUGAUG